UUAAACUGAAGUUCAAUUCACUAGUCUCCAGUUGUAAUUUGCCGGAUUUCGACAUGCUUUACGCGUUGCAGCCUUACCUUAAAUAUUUUGCUGUGCUGGGUCUAGUGCCUUGGACCGAGAGGAGUUUUCAGCAAAUGCUACAAAAGAUUUACACCACUGCCAUAAUUUUAUUUAAUAUUGGAGUGGCCUUUUACAUUGUGGUUUAUUCUCCCCCAGAGGGAGAUCUACUGGUAUCGUUGCUGGUCAGCUGCAUCGUCUUUAUAUCCCAAAUCGUCACCAUGACCGUAAUUGAACUGCAAGUGAUGUGUCAAUAUGACAGAUACUACGAAUUUUGUCUUCAAUUAAAGUGCUUAAGGCGACAAUUUCAAUGCGAGCUGCUUCAGCAAGUCCAAAGAUUGCCUUGGACUCGGUAUAUCAAGUACUUUCUAUUGGGAGCUCUUAACAUUGCGAGCGUUGUACCCGGCGUUUAUGUGAUUCUACAUUACGAUUAUAUUGGCUACUUUUGGUAUUCACUAGCCGCAGUCAUAAUCAAUCGCUUUCAAUGCCUGCUGCUACUGCUCUACGCCGAGCUUUUGGGUUUCCACGUGGAGCUAUUAGGAUUGCGUCUAAAAGACGUUCACAAUUGUCGUCAACUAGGAGUGCAUUCAGUGCUGGAUGUAAAGUGCGAACAGAUGUGCUCUCUGGAUUACUUACUCAGUCUUAAGCGAGCCUAUAUGGAGCUGUAUCGUUUAUUUGGGCAGUAUAAUGGUCUAUAUGGUUGGUCGAUUGUGUGCAUAUUUGUGGUCAUGUUUUUGGAUAGCAUGAUCAAUAUUUAUUGGGCCCUGUUAGUUCUGGCCAAGAUCUACAACUUUGUAUUCAUCUACAUGACCUUCUCAACAUUUGUACCGCUGCUGAUUCUACUCUUCACAUUCUGUCGUUGUGGCGAGUACUGCAAGCGACAGCACAUGCUCAUUGGCAGUCAUGUGCGUGGCUUAGCUUGCACCUCUCAGCGUCAACUGGAGCCAUCUUCACAGGCUUAUACUGCAGUCUUGGCCGAGUUCGCAAUGCAGGUGGAACAGGAUGCAUUAAUCAUCAGCGCCGAAGGCUUUAUGGAUAUUGACUACAGUCUAUUGAUGUCAAUCUUUACAGCAAUGGUCACCUAUUUGAUUGUUCUUAUGCAAUUCGGCUCGUUGUAGAAUGUCUGACGACCCUAAGACUCUAAUUGACCGAUAAGCUUUUACAUCGAUAGUUGUUUUUACUAAUGACCUACAUAAGACCUCACACCCUUUACUGUCGGAACAAAGUUUGACCAACGGAAAUCGUGAUUUAGAUAAGAUUGUCGAAAAAAAACAAUCAAAAUAUUGGCGCAAAAUAUUUAUAACAUCCAUCAAAAUAUUUUUUUUAACUGGUUAAAACCAGUUUCAAUUAUGAAAAUUUGAUAAGCACGUAUGCACAAGCUCUACAAUUAUAAUUAUAGAUUCGAUUAUCUUGAGCUGCACAAAACUUGCUGAUAAUUAUGCAAGAGCCCCUAGAUUACUGUUGUCAGCUGGGAAUUAUUUUGGAUUGCGAAUAAAAGUGCAAAUACGCAUACGUUUGGACCACAGAGGGAUUAUGCAAUGUCAUCUAAAGUUGCAAUGAUCUGAGCACGCUGCUCGCUGGUGAUAUUUGAGUUCAAUUAUUAAUAAAGCCGGCAAUUCUGAACCAUUUGGCUGAUAAGCGAUAACCUGCUCGAGUGCCCCCAUCUAUGUCAACAAAACAAAUAAAUGAAACCGGUUUCGGUGAUGCACCAUAAAUGUGGCAAACCGGUUUCAAGCAACCCAGGAUGUGCCAAUUUUGAUAAGGUCUCGAAGUAUAGCCGUAGUAACAAUCAGCAAGCACAUCAAGUCCUAC